GACUGCAGGUAAUACUACUAUUACUAUAACUAUCACUCUACUACUAAAUACUAAUACUAUAGCAAAUUAGCAAUGACACAAGUUGUUCCCUUGACAAAACAAGAAUUAGCAUCAAAGCUAGUUCAAGAGAUAGCUAAAAAGGGUGAUGAAAUACCAGAGGAAUACCUCCGCAAAGAUGGUUUCCCUGAAGCCAUUGAUGCCCCUGAUUUGUGGAGAGGUAAGUUGCUCAUUGAUUUUUCCCUCCUCUCUUCUUAUUCAGCAACUGAACUCGCAAAGCUCCGAUCAGCUCUUUCCCAAUGGGGUUGCUUUCAGGUCAUAAAUCAUGGGAUAGAUAUCUCGUUUCUUGAAGAACUGAUAGAAGUUUCCAAGCAAUUCUUUGCACUUCCCUUAGAGGAGAAGCUCAAGUGCUCUGCAGCAGAUGACAUCGUUCAAGGGUAUGGCACCGAUUCAGCUUAUUCAGGUUCCCAAACACCAAAUUGGAAUGAUAGGCUAUUUCUUUUUCUCCAUCCUAAGGAAAGACUCAGGCAUGAAUGCUGGCCACAGAAGCCAGAGAAAUUAAGGGAAAUGAUAGUGGAGUAUUCAAAAAAGAUAUCAACGGUGAAUAAGGUCAUCUGUAAGGCAAUGUCAAGGUCACUUGGCUUAGAAGAAAACUGCUUAGAGUUUGGAAAACACGGACCAGCAAUGGCAAGGCUCAACCUAUAUCCUCCUUGUCCAUACCCUGAACGUGUUCUUGGAGCAAAACCACAUGCAGAUCACACAGUAAUCACAUAUCUCUUCCCAGAGAAAGAGGUUGAAGGUCUCCAAAUCUUGAAAGAUGAUCAAUGGUACAAGGUCUCUGUCAUCCCAGACGCGCUGUUUAUCAACUUUGGAGAGUUAGGAGAGGCUAUGACUAAUGGGGUAUUUAAGAGUGCGGUGCACAGGGUGGGCACAAAUUCUGAAAAAGAUAGGAUAUCUGCGGUUAUGUUUUUCAAUCCGGAUGAUGAAGAGGUUGAACCCCUGAGCGAAUUGAUUAGUGCCCACAAGCCUCAACUCUACAGGAAGUUUAACAUGAAGGAGUAUAGGCCAAAAAUCUACGAGAGCUUUAGGCUAGGCUUGAGACCACUUCAUGGAUUCCAAGUUUAGUAUAUACUCUUCGUAAGAGUAAAACUCGUUGCAUUCUGUUCACGAGUGCUUGUACUCUAUGUUACUUGAAUCCGUGUACUCCAUGCUUAUGUGUUCCAUUGUUAAAGGUUCCUAUGUAUGAAA